AUGAGCUCCACCUCCACCCCCUGCACAGCAUGCAGCUGGACCCCCGAACGCCAAAACCACUGCAACUACAAAAGCCACCUCAAACCCUUCUACGAAUCAGGCGACCGAGGCAUCUGCUCCCUCGGCUCAAAGGUAAUCCUGGAAGACCGCGGUCCCAACCAUCCAACCUCCGAGGUCCCAAACAUCCACUUCGUGCAAGACCGGACCUGUAUCCCCGUCCCCACUAUCAUCGAAUCCUGGGAGGAGGGUGAAGAAGAUAAACACACCCUCACCUCAAUGCAACGCACCCCCGGCGAACCCUUAAGCAACCAAGUGGCCUCGUAUCUCCACCAACUCCGAUCUCUCCAGUCCGAUAAAAUCCAAUGUCUCGGUGGCCGUCCGGUAUAUUCCAACUUCCUGUUCAAGAAUGAUUCUAGUAGCUCCUCUGGUGAGAUUGAGAUUCCCCGUGGUCUCUUUGCAUCUGAUGACGAGCUUUGGGCUGAGAUGGAGCGUGGGUUGGAUGAGAGGAUUCCGGAGGCUGCGAGGGUACGGCUGCGACAGCGCAUGCCGACUGCUAUGCCGUAUACGUUUACGCAUGGGGAUCUGACGAUGGGGAAUAUUAUGGUGGAGGAUGGUGAACUCACUGGGAUUAUUGGUUGGGAGACGGCUGGGUAUUUUCCUGUUUGGUGGGAAUAUGUCGCCACUUCGGUUCCUGAUGGUGAGGAGGAUAGGGAGUGGAAGGGGUUGUUGAGACGGUAUUUGCCGGAUUAUAGUGCUGCGCGGGAGUUUUGGUUGGAGUAUUGGUAUCUUUGUAGGGAUUUGGAGGGUGGGAGGGGAGGGAGGUUGGGGGAUGAGAUGAAUGACUGA